GCAGAGGAACUGAGACACUGAGAUAAUCGCACUUGCUCACCCCAAGGGUUACUUACCUGUGACACCAGCGCAAUGACAAGAGGGCCCGGCGAGCGGGGGGCGCGCACAGCCAGUCCGGAUCAUACCUCAGUCGGUUUGUAAAGAAGAAAAAGAAAAAAAAAAAAUCCCCAGCGUGAAAGUAUUUUGUAUGCUUUUCGUCAUUUUGGACUUGCUCUGGAGUUACCUGGCUGCUGAUCGGACGGAGGAGAAGCGACGCGGGUUGUUCAGAGUUAUUAAUCAGCCCCACAAGUCGGUGCAUGAACCUGAGAGCUGGGCCGCAAUGAGUCGGAGAACACGACGCUGGAUUUUAAGAGUUUUACUUUGUUUAGGGAUUGUUUAUUUGAAAAUUGGUGGCUUCUCGUCGGUGGUGGCCCUAGGUGCGAGCAUAAUCUGUAACAAGAUCCCCGGUUUGGCCCCCAGACAACGGAUUAUCUGCCAGAGUCGCCCCGAUGCCAUUAUCGUCAUCGGAGAGGGAGCCCAAAUGGGCAUCAACGAGUGUCAGUUUCAGUUCAAAAACGGGCGCUGGAACUGCUCUGCGCUUGGAGAGAGGACCGUCUUCGGAAAAGAGUUGAAAGUGGGAAGCAAAGAGGCUGCGUUCACCUACGCCAUCAUCGCAGCCGGCGUGGCUCACGCCAUCACCGCCGCCUGUACGCAGGGCAACCUGAGUGACUGUAGCUGCGACAAGGAGAAGCAGGGUUUCUACAGCAGGGACCAGGGCUGGAAGUGGGGAGGCUGCUCGGCAGACAUCCGCUACGGCCUCGACUUCUCCAAAGUAUUUAUUGACGCUCGGGAGGUCAAGCAAAACGCAAGGACUCUCAUGAACCUCCAUAAUAAUGAGGUGGGACGCAAGGUCCUGGAGAAGAACAUGCGGCUGGAAUGCAAGUGUCAUGGCGUCUCGGGCUCCUGCACCACCAAAACCUGCUGGACUACACUUCCCAAGUUCCGCGAGCUCGGCUACAUUCUCAAGGAGAAAUAUGCCCGUGCGGUACACGUGGAGCCAGUCAAAGCCAGCCGCAACAAGCGCCCUAAAUUCCUCAAGAUCAAGAAGCCUUACUCUUACCGGAAGCCCAUGGAUACGGACCUGGUGUACAUAGAUAAGUCGCCAAACUACUGCGAGGCGGACCCCGUGACGGGGAGCUUGGGGACACAGGGACGGGUGUGCAACAAGACUAUGAUGCAGCACAUCAGCGGCUGUGACUUGAUGUGCUGCGGCCGGGGAUACAACACACACCAGUACUCCCGCGUCUGGCAAUGCAACUGCAAGUUCCUGUGGUGCUGCUACGUCCGAUGCAACACCUGCAGCGAGAGGACAGAGGUCUACACAUGCAAAUGAGAAUAUUUAUUGGAUGGUGCGUUUGUUGCGUGUGUGUGUGUAUGUGUGUGUGUGUCUGAGUGUGUGUGUGUGUUCAUGUUUUGUGUUUUCAUGGACGGACUUUACAAGAAGGCUGUUGCUUCAGUCUCUUCGUACAUAAUGAGGAACUACUGUACUGUGCAUGCAGUAAGCUGAAGAAAGGGCGUCAUGAUUCUUUUGCACACAAAGCUCUUCACCCCUCUUCAAGCCCCCCCCACCCCCCCCCCACCCCCCCUCCUCCCUGGAAGAAAAUGUCAAGACUUUAAGCUAAAUGGACACGUACUGACAUUUGGACUUGUUUGGACUUUGCGAAUGCACACGGGCUGUGGCAGAUGUGAUGGGCGGGACGCGCCGCUGGAGCUCUCACCCUCUGUGCACAGACGACAUGACAGCCAUCUGGAAUAUUUAACACGCUGUACUUAGAGAAUGGAAAUAAUUAAUAUUAAUUUAUUCUAUAAAGAGCUACUGAUUUUAUCCGUUAUGGAUCAGAAAUAACUAAAUGUCAUGAGGUUGUAGUUUAUUAAAGCAAUCAAGAUGUGUCCUGGGUAAAAACACUGGCUAUGAAUCUGCCUGGGACCAUGUGUUUGUAGAAUAUUUUUUUUUGUUCCAGGAUAAACUGCUGUAGGCUACUCAAUCUGACCUUCUGACCUUCUCAUGAGUUUGUCUUCCCUCUCUAUGCUGCUAGUCUAGAAAAAAAAAAAAAAACCCUACUUGUGGAGGUAGAAGGCUGUAUGCUGGACUGACUGUCUUCAACUGCAUGGCUCACUUCAAAGCUGAUUUUUUUUAUCUCCAACUCCAAUUAUUCAGCGAUCAAAAACACAGGCACAUUUUUCCACGUUUUGGUAAAUAUCGGUUAAUAGAGUUUAUUUUGUAAAAACUUAUUUUUAUAUGAAUGUCUUAUUUAUAUCUUUUUUGCAUAUUCAGUGUCAUGUUCUGACCGGGACGCCUGUUUUUCUGAACCCCGGUGAAAAAGAAGCGGAUACGCCUGUACGUUGGCCCGAGCUGUCACUGCCAUAGCCGUAUACUGUACGUCAUAGAGCCUGUUUAUUUGUGUUCAAACGACUGUGUUUACUGCAUUUCAUGACUACUACUGAUGGAAUACAGGAACAGAAUAACACUAACAAGACAUGACUUCCAUUAUUUUGCCUCCGAAAACACACCGCCUUUUGUGCAUGACAGAAUCACACCGGGAUUAUGUCCUUAAAGGAAUUAACGACGGAGACUGUUCAGAUUUAGAAUUAAACAGGCCUGCUCAGUUGUAAU